AUGUCCCGCCAAGUGACGGUUGAGUGUCUGCGUGAGACUACUGAUCUGGCGGUUAAGCGUGGAGCUCCGGGUGUACCUUCGUUCUGGAUCGAUGAAUUCAAGAAUGGCCGUUUGUACUUUGGUCACGAUCGCUUACAUCUUGUUGAAGCUGCCCUAUUGUCUGUUUCGAAAGGCGUGCCUCUUGAGCAAGUCGAAAAUAUUAUAAGUGUCAUCCCGCGACGCAAGACCAAUGUGCCUGUUCGUGGGAAAAGGAUCUGGGUUUGA